CCCGUUACUCAGGUCUUAGGAUCCGGACUGGAUCUGUUCCGUUCACCCGUGGAAAUGUUGAAAACAGAGCAACUGAGAGCUUUGGUCAAUGAGCGACUCCGAGCCGCCGCAGAGGAAAUAUUCCGCCUGUUUGAGAAAAGUAUUCAAGACUAUGAGGAGGAAGUUUUACGCACAAAGCAGGAGCUGGAGCGACAGCUGAGGCUGAAAGGCCCCCUGCAGUUCUCAGAUCAGGACAAAGAUGUUUUAUCUGAGCCAAAACUUCAUGAAAAGAAGCAUCAGGAAGACAAAGAGUCUCUGGACUUGCAUGUUAAAGAAGAGCAGGAGGACGUAUGGACCAGUGACAAAGCAGAGGAAGCUGAUACUAAAGACACUAUGUUUAAUAUAAUCUACGUGCAGAGAAGUGAUGAAAACCAAAGUUCAGAGAGGGACCUAUUGCCCAGCAGCUCAGCUGAAUGUUUAAAAGCAGAACUUCAUGAAGAAGGUGGAGGUACUUCAGAGACGACCAGUGACUGCCAGAUGAGUGAAGAUGUUGAUAGUGAUGAUGAGUGGACAAACAACAGCGGUGCAAACAGGAAAAAGACACCGCAAACUGGUGAGACGACGGAAAGGCCGCACACCUGCAACAUCUGCAACAAGAAUUUCAGGAUUAAAUCCAUUUUGACGAGGCACAUAAAGACCCACACAGGAGACAAACCCUACAGCUGUGGUGUUUGUGGCAAAAGCUUCAUCCAGCGCUCCUAUCUGCAGACUCACAUGAACUCUCACUCCGGACAGAAACCGCACACAUGCCGCCUCUGUGGUAGAGGAUUCACACAGGUUGGAAACAUGAACGCUCACAUGAGAAUCCAUACGGGAGAGAAACCUCAUAGCUGUGCUGACUGUGGUAAAAGUUUUCGAGAGAAAGCAGAUCUUACCAAGCACAUGAUAAUUCACACUGGUGAGAAACCGUACGGCUGCUCUAUAUGUAGCAUGAAAUUCAGCGCUCAGUCUAAUCUAGCACGUCACAUGAAGACUCACUCAGGGGAGAGGCCGCACAGUUGCACUGUUUGUGGGAAGAGAUUUAUUCGGCGGUCCCAUUUAAUUAUUCAUACAAAGACUCAUAACAUGGGAGAUAAUCUCUAACUCAUUUCAUCUCCUGCUGGCUUUUAUUUUAUCAUUUACAAGAGCAGUUUCCAAGAGUUUGCAGCAUAGAUCAAUGUCAAAAAAUAAUUUGUUAAUUUUUUUACAGUGGAUAAGGACUCAUCUCAGAAGACUUUUAUGAAUGAAACCUUUACAAACCAUUUUAUCUAAGUCUUGGCUCUGUAGCAGGGGUGUCAAAGAUACGAGCCAAAACCGGUCUGCCAAAGGUUCC